CUUGGGCAACCUGUAUUGGGUGCGUUAUAUCGCUCCCUUUAUAGAGCCGUAAUGCGCCCAUUUGAUACCGAAAUUAGUGGCCCCUUCUGGAUCCUUGCCUUUUGGCUGCAGAUUUAUUUCCCUCUCUUCCGUCGCGGUGAUAUUCCAAAGGAACCUCCAGUUGAUUCCCUUUUGGGGAACUGGCUUUGCCGCAACGUAAGGUAUCGAGCUCCACCCUACUCCGAGUGUUUUAUUUACUUGUACUUGCUGGGAGAGAUGCCGGACCCAAAAAUAGUCCUUUCUAGGCGAUUCCCUCCUCCCCUUGAUGAUGGCUUUCUGCCCAGUGGACGGGAUCAUAGCGAAAGAGCCUUCCUGGCCUUUCGUCGCGCCAUCUCCUGCUUGGAUAUUCGUCUUGCCACUGAACGCGUAAGUUAUGAGCUCUAUGCCCCUAACCAUUUUGCUCGCCAAUUUGGGUUGGCCCAGUUGGUACCCUGGCCUCUGGUUGAUUCUGCCAAUUACUACACCUCUUGGCGGAGAUUAGCCCCACCUGGGUCUGCCCACUUUCAGAGUCAGUUUACUUUGAUAGUGAUUCCCCCUUGGGUCAGAGCGCUGUACCCCCUCAACGAUGUCGACGAUGAUUAUGCUGAUUGGUGGAAAGAAGUGUCCGUGAACUGUUGGGACCUGCCACAUGACGAACUCUUCGUCCUGAUCUUUCGUGGCAUGAGUAGUCCUGGUCCGGAGGACCGCAAGAUUCUUGAGCGCUUCUCCAACCUUGCAGCACAACCCCCGCGACCUAUUCUACCUUCUCGCUCAUUGCGUCCAGGGAUACAAAUCCACGAGCCUAGGGCAACACAAACUACCUGGAGCAGGAUAGCCUCUGUUCAGGCGGGGAAACAAAAGGCAAUAGCAGAGGAGACUUCUGAGGGAGAGUCUUCGCAUGAUGAAGAUCCCGCUGAGGUAAUUUAGUUAAGAAUGAUCCCAAACUUGUAUA